AAUACUCGAAGUUGUCAGAAGACAAAUCAAUUUAAAAGUUCUCCUUGACGAACCUCUGCUCCAUUGGUUCAUGUUUUCUAAUUGUCCUACCAUCAUCAAAAAACCGAAUUGAAAUCCAAUCUAAAUAGGUCGACAUCCCUACUCCAAUCAUGGAUCUCUGCACUCAUUUCCAAGCAAUUGCAUGGCUUUUAGGGUUGCUACUUUUCUGCAGUCUAUUGAGGCGUCAUAAUAAGAGUAAGGGGACAAUAUUGCUAGCCCCAGAACCAUCAGGUGCUCUGCCGCUGAUAGGCCAUUUGCACUUGCUGGGUGGCCAAAGCACACCUGCUCGAACCUGGCGAGCCAUGGCAGAUAAAUAUGGUCCUGUCUUCACAUUUCGGCUUGGACAGCAGCGUGCCCUUGUCAUUAGCAGCCACGAGGCUGUUAAAGACUGCUUCACUACUAAUGACAAGAUAUUAGCUAGUCGACCAAGAUCAACUGCGGGAAAGUACUUAGGCUACAACUAUGCAGCAAUGGGCUUUGCUCCUUACGGAGCAUAUUGGCGUGACAUUCGCAAGCUAGCAGUGGCUGAACUCUUGUCUAGUCGUAUACUCGAGGCUUUAAAGCACGUCAGAAUCUCCAAUGUGGACGCAUUUAUCAGAAAGUUGUACUCGUUUUGCCAGAGGAAUGAAAAAAAUCCGAACAACAAAGUAGAUAUUAGCUACCGGCUGGAACUACUCACCAUUAACAUAAUCCUACAAAUGAUUGCAGGGAAGCGAUAUUUUUCGUGUGCUGAGGGCAAAGAUGAUGCUGAGGCGCAACAUGCAGUGAAAACCAUCAAAGAACUUUUUUAUUUUGCAGGUAAUUUUGCUCCAGCAGACGUAAUUCCCGUUCUAGAAUGGAUAGAUUUUCAGGGCCAAGUGAAAAGCAUGAAGCGUGUUUCGAAAGAGCUAGACUCAAUCAUUGAAGGUUGGGUUCGUGAACGUAAAUUGAAGAGACAUGACAUGGGUGAAGCAGACAACAAUCAGGACUUCCUCGAUGUGCUUCUGUCAAAGGUUACAGAAGAAUCUAUAUUUGGCCACCCUCGUGACACAAUCAUCAAGGCAACCGUAAUGAAUCUAAUAAUAGCAGCAGCUGACACAACAUCGAUCACAUUGACAUGGAUUUUAUCCAACUUGAUGAACAAUGAGCGUGCCUUGAAGCGUGCCCAAGAAGAGUUAGACUCUAAAAUCGGCAGGGAAAGAUGGGUUGAGGACUCUGAUAUGGAGAAAUUAUCUUAUCUCCAGGCCAUUGUUAAAGAAACUCUGCGCCUCUACCCACCAGGGCCCUUAUCGGUUCCACAUGAAGCAAUGGAAGAUUGUUGUGUUGGGGGCUACCAUAUCCCCAAGGGGACUCUUUUGUUUGUCAACUUGUGGAAGUUGCAUCGAGACCCGAGAAUUUGGUCUAAUCCUGAAGAAUUUCUGCCCGAAAGAUUUCUUUCUAGCCAUGUGAACGUUGAUGUUUUCGGUAAACAUUUUGAAUAUAUUCCAUUUGGGUCUGGGAGGCGAUCUUGUCCUGGGAUAUCAAUGGCAAUGCAAGUGACACGAUUGACUAUUGCUCGUUUGCUUCAAGGAUUUGAUUUGACAACUCCAUUGAAUAUGCCGGCGGAUAUGACCGAAGGGUUAGGCCUUACCAUGCCCAAGGCAACUCCGCUUGAAGUUAUUCCUACUCCACGCCUGUCUGCAAAGCUUUAUGAUCAACUCUAAACAGAUAUGAUCAUGCAUACUUAUUUGGUUGCAACUUAUGCUGC